CCCGGGCAGGUGCUGAGCGCGCAGGCAGUCAAGGCCGCGGCUGGCUCGGGGCGGAUCCGGCACGGAGCGGGUUGCAGCUCGGCAGGGCAGCUGCGGCCCGGAAGGUCGCCUCUCCACGCACAGCCGUGGUCCCAGGCUUGCUGGAGCUUGAAGAUGCUGAAAGAGCGCCUGGAGAUGGCAGAAGAUCCUCAGCAGCAGAUGGGUGCUCCAGUGGUGAAACUGGAGAAGGAGCUGCCAUGGGGCCGGGGAGGGGAGGACUCUAGUCCUGAGGCAUUCCGGCUGAGGUUUCGGCAGUUCCGCUACCAAGAGGCUGCUGGUCCCCAGGAAGCCCUCAGGGAGCUCCAAGAGCUCUGUCGGCGGUGGCUGCAGCCAGAGCUGCACAGCAAGGAGCAGAUCCUGGAGCUGCUGGUGCUGGAGCAGUUCCUCACUAUCCUGCCCCGAGAGCUCUACACCUGGAUCCGAGAGCACAGCCCAGACAGCGGCAAGGCUUUGGUGUCCAUGGUGGAGGACCUGAUGGAGAGCACACCGGAGGCCAAGGCGGUUCCAUGCCAUGCCCAGGGAGAACAGCUGGUCACAGCCCUUGGUGGAGGAUCUUGGCAAUCGGGCAUCCACUUGGGGCCAGUAGAAGUCAAGCCUGAGUGGGGGAUGCUGCAGGGGGAAGGAGUUCAAAGCCUGGGCCCAAGCACUGCAGAACAGCUGAGCCAGGGGCCUGGAGAUGGGACACAGGCCUUCCAGGAGCAAGCACUGCCCAUUCUUCAUGCGGGUCCAGGUCUUCCCUCUGUGAGCACCAGAGAUCAAGAAAUUGCUGCAGGGUUCCUUGCAGCAACAUCCCAGGGUCUGGGGCCUUUUAAAGACAUGGCUCUGGCUUUUCCUGAAGAGGAAUGGAGGCACGUGGCCCCAGCUCAGAUUGACUGCUUCGGGGAAUACGUGGAAUCACAAGACUGUGGGGUCCUUCCAGGUGCUGGGAACAAGGAGAAGGAGGCCAAACCCCAGCAGGAAGAUCUGAAAAGAGCAUUUGUUGGGUUGACUUCCGAUGGGUUUGGAGAAACUGCCAUCCAGGUUCCUGGACCAGGGGGUGCCUGUGAGCAGGAGCCUGGGGGAUCUGGAGCCAGUUUACCUGGGCUCCCUGCUCCUCAGCAUGGGGUGCCCCUGCCAGACACCCUUAACACCCACAAUUCUUUCUGGAAACCUUUCCAGUGCCCUGAGUGUGGAAAAGGCUUUAGUCGCAGCUCCAAUCUUGUCAGACACCAGCGAACACAUGAAGAGGAGAAGUCCUUUGGCUGUGUGGAGUGCGGGAAAGGUUUCACCCUGAGGGAGUACCUCACCAAACAUCAGAGGACCCACCUGGGCAAGAGGCCCUAUGUGUGCGGUGAGUGCUGGAAGACCUUCAGCCAGAGGCAUCACCUGGAGGUGCACCAGCGCAGCCACACGGGGGAGAAACCCUAUAAGUGUGCGGACUGCUGGAAGGGCUUCAGCCGGAGGCAGCACCUGCUGGUGCAUCGCAGGACACACACUGGGGAGAAGCCCUACACCUGCGAGUGUGGCAAGAGCUUCAGCAGGAAUGCCAACCUGGCGGUGCACCGGCGUGCACACACUGGGGAGAAGCCCUAUGGCUGCCAGGUAUGCGGCAAGCGCUUCAGCAAGGGGGAGCGGCUGGUGCGGCAUCAGAGGAUCCACACGGGUGAGAAGCCCUAUCACUGCCCCGCCUGCGGCCGCAGCUUCAACCAGAGGUCCAUCCUCAACAGGCACCAGAAGACCCAGCAUCGCCAAGAGCCCCCUGUGCAGUGAACAUAUCGUGGGCCAGCUCUGCCUCGGGGGUGACUUGCAUUGUACCGAGUGUCCUGGGCAGUGCCCAGUGAAGGACAACAGAAUGUGCUCAAGCAGGAGGAGGACAGAGCCUGGUGUAUGGAGAGCUUCCAGAGGGCCCACAGUUUCCUUCACCUGUUAUAGGGAAACAUAAUCCUAAACUUCAGUUUUUUGGGGGGGGAAGUUGUUGGGAACCCACCUCCUAAGCAAGUUCGGAGGUAAGGGCAAAAUUUUACUGCAUAUUGGCAACUUGAAGCUCAUUUUUUUUUUCAUUUUGAGAUAAGGUCUCAUAUUAUUUAAGUUGGUCUCAGACUAGUUGUGUAGCUAAAGAUGAUUUUGAAUUUCUGAUACUCCUGCCUCCAUCUUCCCAGUGCAGGGAUUAUUGGAAUGUGCCACCAUACCUGGUUUAUGCUAUGUUGGAGAUGAAACCCAGGAUUUUGUGCAUGCUAGGUGGGGUACCCUACUGACUGAGGUAUGUGCCCAGCCUUGAAGCUCAAUUUUUAGAGAACUCUGUCUUGCCUGCGAGAUCUUUAGCUCAGGCCUGCCUUCCCUCUAUUUUUCAUUUGAAAAUAUUUAUUAAGCACCUACUGUGCUCCUGGCUCAGAGAAUGCCAUGGUGAUUGGGACCAGUGAGAUCUUGGAGCUUGUGAGCAAAGCCGGAGCAGUAGCUUGUAAGUAUCCCAAAGCACGUGUUGUUGCAAGUGCCACAUCAGAACCUUGGUACACUUCUGUUACGGUCUGUCCCUGUGUGAGGUCUCACAUGCCCUCCACCUCAGAUGGGGACUUCUCUCAUGCAGCCUUGUUUAUUUACCUUUCUUGGCAGCCUUAUUGUUGUGGACUAGAACGUACUACCCUCAUCUGUAAAGUCUCCCCCUCCCACUACUCCUUGCACUGUAACCACAGCUACUAGGAAAUUAAUAUUUUGCUACUGAUCAUUGAAUAAACGUGAACAUAUUUU